CCCGCGUAACUCGUCAGUCGUUAUUUCUAAGUCGCGCAUGUAUAAACGCGUCAGGUCUUCGUCGACGCAAUCAUGGCCGUUUUAUCUCCCCUAUAUUUUAGUAUUCUGUUAAUUGCACGGGUUGCACUAGGAAUACCAUGGAGCGCCAGACCCGCAGCAAGGUACGAGGGAUACGACCUGGAGCGAGGGCCGGUUUUGUACGAAGCGUACUAUCCCGAGGAACAACAAGAAUCUGACCGCGAACCACCAAAAAUGUACCAGGAGAAAAGAUAUUUUGACCGCACAGGCGAACCGGAAAGAUCAUAUCAAAUACCUUCUGAUCCCUACGAAAUUCCGUAUCCCGAGCCCGAAUUAUCACAAGUACGAGAAGAAUAUGUACAACCGGAUUCCGCUUAUCUUGCACCUUUCACAGCGAGCCGACCUCAAACUGUACAAAAUAGGGUGUACGGUGGACAGAACAAAGACUUUGUAUUCAGCGCAGAGCAGCUAAGCAAAGAUAAUUGGAAAUCUACGAUUCCAAAUGAUUAUUCAUUCUCAAACGACGGUAAAAUUCAGGAGAUAGAACGACCAUUACCAUUCCUUGAUGAAAAAAGCAGCAAUUUCGGAGAUGUCCAGCGUAUCGUACCGAUUGAUAAUGAAUUUAUUUUUGGAGAAGAACCGAUCAAAAAGUUCGAACCGGACUUUAAAGAGUCUUUCAGAAAUAUGAAUGAGCAAAAUACUUUCGAAACUAGAAAUUUCGGUGGUGAAUACAGUCAGCAAACGCCGUUCACACCCGGGCAAAUGGAAAAUAUUUUUCAACCUCGUCCGCAGAUAAUAAAGUACGUAUUUUCUUCACCGACAAAGACUAACAAUUUCAAAUCAGUUGGAAUUGAAACUGAACCUGCUGAAGAGGAGAACGAUUGGCCGAAAAAUUAUGGAGAUAAUUUGAUUCAGGGAGAAAUAAGAAAAGCAGAUGAGCAAGAGCUAAAAAAAGAGGAGGCUAAAAUUGCAUCCAUCGAGGUGAGCGAAGUACCCCAUCAUAAAAUACGUCAUCAUCACGGAGAAAGGCCUAAGCGUACCUAUGGCCAUCAUUAGGCACCGGAAAAUAUCGUUGUACGAAUAAAAAAAAAGUUAUUUAACAAACAAAGUAGAAUAUAAUUGUAAGGAUUUGUAUUUUUUCGAAACUUAUCUUGACGAAUCGAUGGUCAUGGAGCUUCGUGCGGAACAGGACACAAAUAAUUUAGAAAGCAUAUGAGAAACACGCGUAAUUUCUUCGGAACAGAUAAACUUUUAUUAAUAUUUUACAAUUUAGCAUGGUAUUACCAUAAUUAUUUUUAACAGUAACCGUUACUUUUUUUACACAUACAUAUUAACAAUCACAACGUUUUGUUAUGCCAACUAUUAAUACGAAUAAAGAGCUAUACGUAUAAACAGA